AUGGUCCUCAACAGGCAGGGGAGGAAGCUCUACGCCGGGCUGAGGAGGGUGGUCGCGAGGCACCUCGAGGAGGAGGUCCGCGAGGAUCUGCUGGAGUCGCCGCCGAGCGACUUCCUCCAGACGCUCACCCUGACCUGGACGGACCACAAGAUCUCCCUGGUGAUCAUGAGGGACAUCCUCUCGUACAUGGAGCGGGUCUACGUGCCGCAGCACGGAGUGGAGGAUGUCUACGGCCUGGGCCUGGUCCUCUUCAGAGACCAUGUGAUUAAAUACAGGGAGAUCAAGGAGCAGCUGAAGGAAGCCCUGUCAGACAUGGUGGCGAAGGAGCGGAGGGGCGAGACGGUCGACCGGUCGAUGAUCCGCGAUAUCACGACCAUGCUCGCCAUGCUCGGUGGCGACAUCUACAAAAGGGUAUUCGAGGACCCGUUCCUUCAGCAGGCGGUGGAGUUCUACCGAGUGAAGAGUCGGAAUUUCCUGGAAGAGGGGUCGUCUGUCCGCGAGGAGAGUCGGACGAACGUCGAGAAGGAGGGAGCCAUCCAGGAGGCGGAGGACGAGUCCAGGUGCGAUCACAUGGCGACAAUUGUGGAGGAGGAGAACCAGAAGCCUCCCCUCGAGAGCACCGCCUCCGACAUCCAGCCGUUCAUUCGGCACGUGCGAGCCUGGACGGAGAGGGAGGCACGGAGAGCCUCGCGCUACGGCGUGGGGAAGCGCGCCCUCCGCCGCGCCAUGACGGACGCCCUCAUUUUGGACAACAUGGACGCCAUCGUAGCAGCAACUGUUGCACCGAAGCCACCCUCAUUCCCUGCCUUGCAGCGGGAGAGCCCCGAGAUCGCCCGCAUGCUGCGUGACGGGAGCGCGGAGGAGCUCCGCUCGAGGUACGACCUCCACUCGAGCGUGCCGGAAGGGAGCAACAUCACGGCGAAGUGCGUCUCCGCGUACCUUCGUGAGCGGGGGAGGGCCCUCGCUGCGGAGGCGGAGGGGCCCGUCUCGCACGUCCAGAGCCUCCUGGACCUGAAGCACCAGCUGGACGGCAUCCUCCACUCCUCCUUCCGCGGCGACCGCGUCGUCGAGCAGGCGAUCGCCCGUGACUUCCACCACCUUCUCGGCCUCGAUCCGCGCUCCGCCGAGAGGCUCUCCCUCUUCGUCGAUCAUACCAUGAAGAGAGGAGCGCGAGGGAUGACUGAACCGGAAAUCGGGGACGUGCUGGACGGGGCCAUGGCCCUGUUCCGGUUCCUGCCGGAGAAGGACGCGUUCCAGCGGUUCUACGAGAAGCACCUGGCCGAGCGGUUGCUUCUCGAGUCGGCCUCGGAGGAAGUCGAGAGGAGCAUGGUCUCCCGUCUCAAGACUGAAUGCGGGAGUCAGUUCACCGCGAAGCUGGAGGGGAUGCUGAAGGACAUGGCGGUCUCGAAAGCGAUCGCGAAGGAGCUGAAGCACCGCGUCGCCGCCGCCGGGGUGAGUGCAUCCCAGUCGAACCUGUUCACAGUGGCUCUGUGGGGGAUUGCAAGCGUGGAUGGUGUGGUCCUCCGUGCAGGACGAUCGGCCGGGGAGAUAGCAACUGAGACACACAUCCCAGAGAGAGACUUGAUCCGAGCCCUCCAGUCCCUGACACUGGGGAAAGCGACGCAGAGGAUACUGACCAAGAACCCCAAGACACGAGACAUCGAGCCAAACGACGUCUUUGCCAUCAACGACUCCUUCACCUCCAAGCUCUACCGAGUGGAGAUUCACUCUACGAAGGGGAAAUCAGUGCAUAAGAGGAUUGAGACCCGUUCCCAGGCGGAUGAAGACGGGGAGCAGGGAAUCGAGGCUACGAAUAUGCAUCACGAAUCAUGCAAGAGACAGCCGCACAACCCCCUCACGACGGAGGUUCCUGAGCAACUGAAAGGUCGCCUUCUUCCGAGACCCGUCGUUCUGGAGAAGAGGAUCUAGGGGCUUAUCGGACGAGAAUAUCUGGAUCGAACAAAUGAUAACAAAGAAUCGCAUAAGUACGUGGCGUGAAUACGGCGACCUCACUGGGAGAGUUCUCCUUUCUCCAAAUCUGGUGCUUCAGCUGUGAUUCGUUCCUCUCUCGGCAAUCUCUUGGAAUUAUGCUUAAAAUGAACCGAAACCCCUACAAAAAGUGAUACAUCAAUCUACUGGUGUGACAAUAGUGUAAGAUUGAGCUAUUGUUCUGGGCAAGUUCGAAAGCUUUUGCACUUCACUUUCGUGAGUGUAGUUGACUUUCGUGAACGGAACUACCAGUUCUCCAUUUCGAUGUAUUUUCUGGCAUG